AGGGUUCUGAUUAGGUACAUAAUAUAAAAGUACCUAUCUGGCUCCUUUUGCUGAACAUAUGUAAAGUGAUUAUUAUUAGUGGAAGUUUAAAAAAUAAUAAGUAAUAAGAACACGUUUUUAAUAAAUAUCCCGGAAACAAUGUCUUUGUUUUCCGAACUAGAAGUAGAAUUGGGACCUCCAGUGGCGAUUUUUGCUCUUAUGAAGGCCUUCAACGAAGACACGUUUGAAAAAAAAGUCAAUUUGACUGCUGGAGUAUACCGGACAGCAGAAGGCAAGCCCUGGGUUCUUCCUGUUGUACGACAUGUUGAAAGAAAAUUAGCCGAUAAUGACUCUUUAAAUAAGGAAUAUUUGCCGAUUUUGGGUUUAGAAUCAUUUAGUAUUGCAGCUACAACAGUUGUUAACGAUCCAGAAGUAAUACCUGCCACGAAGUCACAGUUUACUCUCAUAGUAAGAGGAAUGUACUCAAGUCCUCCAUCUCAUGGUGCUAGAAUAGUCGAAUAUGUUCUCACUAACCCAGAGUUAUUGAGCCAAUGGGAGGAUCACAUUAAAACUAUGUCUUCAAGAAUUAUCGAUAUGAGAAAGCAAUUAAGAGAGGCUUUAGAACAACUUGAUACUCCCGGGAAUUGGAGCCAUCUUACUAAACACAUAGGCAUGUUUUCAUAUACAGGUCUAAAUGAGAUUCAGUCUGAGCAUAUGGUCAAAAAGCACCACGUUUACUUAUUGUGUUCCGGACGAAUCAGUAUGGCUGGAUUGAAUCCCAGCAACGUGCAUUAUGUGGCAAAAGCUAUUCACGAAACUGUCAGUUCGAUACCCAGCAAGAUAUGAAUAUAUUAUACCUAUAUAAAAAUUAAGUUUAAUGUGUACAGCUAUAGAGAAUUGUUUACAUAAAAUGUAUAAUAAAUAAU